GGCCUUUGGCCUUUCCCCCUGCAUUCUGGAGCCCAGAGCCAAUACCCUUGCUGCUGCUGAAGCUGCUGUCCCCUCUCCUCCUCUGCUUCUGACCACUCACGGCUCCCCUGCCCAGCUGUUCUUUCUCCUGGCCAUGACCACAGCAAGCCCCAGGACCCUGGCCCAGCUCUGAGCCCUGGGGCCCUUGGUCCCCUCCUUUGGGCCAUGGCCAACUCAGGUCUUCAGCUGUUGGGCUACUUCCUGGCCCUGGGUGGCUGGGUGGGCAUCAUUGCCAGCACAGCACUGCCGCAGUGGAAGCAGUCCUCCUACGCAGGCGAUGCCAUCAUCACGGCUGUGGGCCUCUACGAAGGACUCUGGAUGUCCUGCGCCUCGCAGAGCACUGGUCAGGUGCAGUGCAAACUCUAUGACUCACUGCUCGCCCUGGACGGUCACAUCCAGUCAGCACGAGCCCUGAUGGUGCUAGCUGUGCUCCUGGGCUUCGUGGGCAUGGUCCUCAGCGUCGUGGGCAUGAAGUGCACACGAGUUGGAGACAGCAACCCCAUCGCCAAGGGCCGUGUGGCCAUCUCUGGCGGUGUCCUCUUCCUCCUGGCAGGCCUCUGUACUUUGACUGCUGUCUCCUGGUAUGCCACCCUGGUAACCCAGGAGUUCUUCAACCCGAGCACACCUGUUAAUGCCAGGUUUGAGUUUGGCCCGGCUCUGUUUGUAGGCUGGGCCUCAGCUGGCCUGGCCUUGCUGGGGGGCUCCUUCCUCUGCUGCACAUGCCCAGAGCCCGAGAGAGCCAACAGCACGCCACAGCCUUAUCGUCCAGGACCCUCAACUGCUGCACGAGAACCCGUUGUUAAAUUGCCCGUCUCCACCAAGGGCCCCCUGGGUGUGUAAUGUCCAAAUUCCCAGCUAGGCUCUGUUCCCCUGCCACACCUAGGUUGCCUGCUUGGUAUUUUUUGGAAAGAGAAGUGAACAAUUCAGCCCCAAGUGUGGUGUCAUUUGCUGUGUUCCUGGCAAGCCUAGGUUGGAACCUGGUGUAGAGAGGUUGGAGCUGACCCCUGGGGCUCUUGGAGUGGGUUACACAGCACAAACAGGGCAGUGCAGGAAAGGACUUGGGGUCCUGUCCUCCCAGGUAGGCCUUUGGGUUGGUAAGAGGGCCUCCCAGAGGGGAGAUCCCACCCAGGCUUCCCCUGGCCCAGCACUGGAAGCAGAUCCCUGGGGUCAGAGAACCUCUGGUGUGGAGAAAACUCACAGAUAACAAGCCCCGCCUCCUAAGGGAAGGGACAAUCCCUGUGAGGCCUUCUGGCUGGGAUUGGAUCAGUGCUGGGUGAGAGGACAGAGUGCAGGAGCUGCCCCCAUAGGAAGCCCCCAGAUCAGCUCCACCCCAGAUCCUGCAGUGGAGACUGUGGUCAGAGCUCUAUGCUGCAUCCUAGGGUGCAGUCAGUUUCAUGGGUUUAUGGUCUUGAAGUCCAGAUAGGCCCCAAGACCAGGGUGUGUCCUUCACCCUGACUGAGCUGGCCCUGCCCACAUUCUCAACCUCUGCCAGUCAAACACCAACCCUGGACUCCAGGUCUCUCCCUGCCCCUGCCCCUUCCCUUCUACGUACAGGAGACAUCCUCAUGGAAAGAGGCAUCCAUCACUAUCCUCUACCUUCCUCACCCCCUUUUCAUGGCCAGAUCUCCCACCAGUUCCCAAAGACACAAUCCAGCUUCUCCCUCAAGCUUGGACCCUUCGAGGUGAAGUAACCAAAAUCAAGUCAGAGAAGAUGACUGUCACACACGCUGCAGCUGAAGUCAGGGUGGGAGAAGAGAAGGGACAGGGAGCUGGCAUGGGUUUGCCCCCUUUCCCUAGCCUGGCAGCUACUGCACAUCCACACAGGCCUCUGGCCCCAAAUAGACUUACUACAGUCCUACCAUCCUGCUGCUCAAGUUAUGAGAAAUACGGAAGAGACAUCCUGACUGCAUUGGGUCUGGGUAUCAGAACUUAUAUAGCUGCCCCUAGGGAACCUCAUGAGGACACCCUCAGGGGUCCACAGCGGGUAAAGAGCUUCCAAAAGAGGGAGGAAAGGCAAGGCUGGAGAGGAAGCACCAUCUCACUCCUGCUCUUCCGGAGACCAGGCCACUGGAGGAGACGCCCACAUCCUUCCGAUCAAUACAGCUUUGUGUUGAAAUGAUCUUGAGUCUGGAUCCUGUCACACAUAACCCCAAGGGCCCUAACACAGAACUUGGAACCCGGAAACUCAGCUUUGCACUGAGGGCUAUUACAUGGCACCAGCUGAGCAGGUCCCAGGCCAGCUAUUUAGCAGUCUUCCCUAUUUGAUAGACCUGGCCAGGAAACAUUACCUCUUGAUAUUCAGGGGCACAGAGCCUUGGGACUUGGUGAGAGGAUGUCAAGACAUCGUACUCCAUGGCCUUAACACCCAGCACGCACCCCAUCUCAGUCUGAUCACAGCAGACAGUAUGCUGCUACUUCUGGGUUUAGGGACAGGCGUGGAAAGACAAGCUCCAUACAGGGGACCUGACAGCAUUAAAGGAACGGGGUAAGGGGUGGUCAGAUAACCACAGCUCGGUGUCACACAACCAAUUAAUACACCAAUCAAAAUGCCUGAGAGGGCCAGGGAUUUAGCUCAGUGGUGCCACCACCUGCCUCACAAGCACAAGGAUUCGAGUUCGAUCCCUGGUACCAAAACGAAACAAAAAAGCCCAAGAUCCUAGCAGAGGGAAGAUGUCUGGGAGAAAAUAGAGGUGUUUGAAAUUAAGAGUCUGGGGAUCUGGAGCCCACUGGCCUCUCCUGAAGUUAACUAUGUUCAAAUGCCUUUGUCAAGGUCACCUGGGCUGCCAGAGGCAGGGCCUAUUUUCCAUGCCUCAGGCAUGGGCCAGCCUAUUGUUUCCUGUCCCAGCCCUGAGGCUGAUUGAGUAGAGACCCAUGGAGGUGGGGUCUAGAUUCAAGAGUAUGGUUCUAAAGAUUUUGCCAAGGUCUAUUAAUAAACAGAACCCCCCCGACAAAGAAUGAAACUGUCAGUGCCAUAAAAUACAAUUUUGGGAGGGAUUGCACACAGCCCUGAAGGAAAGCCCCAAACCCUAGGGAAGCUUACCAGGAAUCUCAUCUACUGCCUGGGGAGACGCUUGAAAAAUGUGUAUCUGAGAAUAUGGUAUACAUUAGCUGAUUUUGAGAUUUGUUAUAUAUUAAUUUUGUGAUGACUCUGGUUGUUUCUGAUCCUUACCUGGAAGAGGUGCACACUGACAUGAUGGCUGGACUUGCUUUAAAAUAUUCUAGGAACAAGGAGUGCAUGGGCAAGGGAAGCUAAAAAGUAAGAUUGGUAAAUGCUACUUGUGGGGGUUCACUCUACCCUUGUUUGUAUGUUUGCUAAUGAAAGAAAAAUUAAAAACAAUUUUA